AUGGCUUCCUACAGAUGGGACGAUACUGUGCAUUGGAGCUUCCGAGCUUCAUUGGAAUCCGGCCUUCGGAGUGCCGGGAUGAGAAUGAUGAAAGCCAUAUACUAUAAUUUGAACCAAAGGUGGAAAAAAUCAGGAUGUUCAGGGUAUUCACGCCAGGACGAACGAAAUAUGCAGCUGAUGGUUUGGUAACCUUGUCUCCGAUUGAUGGCUUUGAGGUGAGGCCGGGGGAGCUUGUCAUCGAUUGUCGCACUGUACGUCGACAUAAUACUGUGGAAGUUGCCAAUUUGGCAGGAAGAAGAGGAAGGGUUCGGGCGGAUAACUUGCAACUUAUUGAAAAUCCUUGGAGAUUCAAUGAUUACGAGCCAAAACACGACCCUCCAAGAAGCACACCUCUCACUUUGAACAAAACAACGAUGCACUUUAUGAAUUCCCAGUCGGACCCCAGGCUUAUUGAAGGAUGGUUGAAACUUUGCGACAAGCAAGCGGACGAAGCCGUGGAGUGGCGUGGCCUUGUAAUGCGUAUUGUUAUCCUUAACGAGCGUCUGCCACUCGUAAGAAUGAAAGAAGGAAAAGCUGGAACCAGGAUUAACAUAGGAACCGAUCAAGAACAACCAGGUUGGGCGGCAGUUGAACAGGGAGAACUGGUGCGAAUUCACGCCCACGCGAAUAAUUACAAUACCAUAUUCCGAGCCAUUGACAUCGAGGGUAGAGCAACAAGAAUCCGUGAUAGGAACAUAGAACAUUUCGCUCGCAAAUUCCCAUUCGGCGUUGCAAAGGCGCGCGAUAACUGCGGGCUGGAAAAUGUGGCCGGGAAGGAAUAUAGAGAUGUUGCUAGAAUGUUCAAGAAGAUCAUGAGGCAGAUGACCGAUGCAGAGACGGGUUUCAGUAAGAAGCGUGCUCUGAAAGAGGCGUGA